AGCAAGAGCUUGCUGCUGGUGAUUGCAGUCAGUUCCUUCGCUAGCCACACACUGUGGAAAUACAGCGUGCUCAAUGCGGAGGAACAACGGGAAGAGAGGUGUUAGAUAGAAAAGAGAGGAGUCAAAAAGAACUGGGAACAGAGGAGCAAUUACGCGGCUUUCACUCAUCUCUAAAUGGGCUGGUCCGUAUGAACAAGAGGAGCACCACAGAGGCACAGAGAGGAAGAGGGCAAUUUCUCUCUUCUUGUGACAGCCUGGGGAGCCGUUUCGGGGUGUCAUUGUGACAGCGUUUGCCCUGCAUGUAUUUGAGAGGGAGUGUGUGUAUCUGUCUGCCUGUCAGACUCUGGAGCUGUGGUUGCCUCUUGGAAAGAAAGUGAUCUAUCAUUCUGUUUGGAAAAGGGGAUUUGGAUGGGACGGAUUUUUGGGAAUUCAAGAAAGGCUUAAGGGACACAGUCCUGAUGGGGUCGUAGUGUUUCUCCUCUGCUCUUCUCUCUGUUUUCUCUCUCUCUCUCUUUUCCCCCUUCCUCCUCCCCUUCUAUCUCCACUUUUUCCCGGCGCUGGUGCACAUGCUCAUUAUAGCUGUCCAUUUGGCUGAGACUCCCUCACUCGCUCUCCGUGGCAACCGCUAAUCUCGCAGGGGCAACCGUUCGUUCGCCCAUGGAGAGGGGACUGAGAUGGAUUCCAAAUCACCCCUGGAGACUUUUCCACAUGGUGUCCAUUUCCUGCCCUGCCAAGGGCCACACUUCCCUCCACGGGGCCACUCUUCUGUGUGAUAACCUCUAGAGUACCCAGCGUCCUUCACACCUAAAGACUUUGCAUCAAGCUGGAUUUCUUUUGGGGGGGUGCUAUGGCAACCCGCUCCAUUUGCUGCCACGUUGAAUGAAGAGCGGACUUGGUGCCAUUUUUUUUUCUGUGUGAUACAGCUUCACACAAGUGGAUGUGAGAACUAAAAGACAGGAAAGCCCAUCGGUUCCCAAGAAUUUCCUGCCAAGGAUUCUGUGGCAGGAUGUCUCACACGAGGUGAAUUAUCGUUCCAGGACUAAGCCGGCUUGCAUCCCCCGGGAAUCUUUUGAUAUCGGCUCCUGGUGUCGUCUGAUUCAUUCUGUGGUGGACCAGGCAGCCAGAAGACCAUUCUCCAUGAGGAGCAGUGGAAGAUGCCGGCUCUGCCAGCGCUGCUGCUGUCGAUUUACUUCCUCUUCCUGUUGCUGACCAUGGCCCCGCUCUCUUUCACCCAGGCUCCCGCCCUCUCCUCCGUCAGAAUGGCGGCUAUUUUGGACGACCAGUCGGUGUGUGGUCGAGGGGAGCGGCUGGCGCUGGCUCUGGCCAGGGAGAAUAUCAACAGUGUGUUUGAGGGCCCGUCCAGAGCCCGGGUGGAGGUGGACAUCUUCGAGCUGCAGAAGGACUCCCAGUACGAGACCACCGAUACCAUGUGUCAGAUAUUGCCGAAGGGGGUGGUCUCUGUGAUUGGCCCCGCAUCCAGUCCCGCCUCAGGCUCAACUGUCAGUCACAUCUGUGGGGAGAAGGAGAUCCCUCAUGUGAAGAUAGGCCCGGAGGAGACGCCCAAACUCCCAUACCUCCGCUUCGCCUCGGUCAGCCUCUACCCCAGCAACGAGGACCUGAGCCUGGCUAUAGGGGCCAUCCUCCGCUCCUUCAGCUACCCCACCGCCAGCCUCAUCUGCGCCAAGGCAGAGUGUCUGCUGCGAUUGGAGGAGCUGGUGCGGCGCUUCCUGAUCUCCCGGGAAACGUUGUCUGUCAGGAUGCUGGACGAAAGCCUGGACCCCACCCCCUUGCUGAAGGAGAUCAGAGACGACAAAGUGGCCACUAUCAUCAUCGACGCCAAUGCCUCCAUCUCCUACCUCAUCCUCCAGAAGGCAUCGGAGCUGGGGAUGACGUCAGCAUUUUACAAGUACAUCCUCACCACCAUGGACUUUCCCCUGCUGCGAUUGGACGACGUGGUGGAUGACCAGUCCAACAUCGUGGGUUUCUCCAUGUUCAACAGCAGCCAUCCCUUCUACCUGGAGUUCAUCAGGAGUCUCAACCUGUCCUGGAGGGAGGGCUGUGAACUUAGCCCCUACCCCGGCCCAGCGCUGUCAUCGGCUCUCAUGUUUGAUGCGGUUCAUGUGGUGGUGGGGGCGGUGCGUGAGCUCAACCGGAGUCAGGAGAUUGGAGUGAAGUCACUCAGCUGCACCACUCCUCAAAUCUGGCAGCACGGCACCAGCCUGAUGAACUACCUGCGCAUGGUGGAGUAUGAUGGGUUGACCGGCAGGGUGGAGUUCAACAGCAAAGGCCAGAGGACAAACUAUACCCUGAGGAUCCUGGAGAAGCACCAUGGGGGUCAUAAAGAGAUCGGAAUCUGGUACUCUAACAACACGUUGGCGAUGAACUCGACGUCUCUGGACAUCAACAUGUCGGAGACGUUGGCUAACAAGACGCUCAUCGUCACCACCAUAUUGGAGAACCCGUAUGUGAUGCAUAAGUCCAACUACCAGGAGCUGCAGGGAAACGACCGGUACCAGGGCUUCUGUGUGGACAUGCUAAGAGAGCUGUCAGACAUGUUGAAGUUCUCCUUCAGGAUCAAGCUGGUGGAUGACGGUCUGUACGGAGCGCCUGAACCAAAUGGUUCCUGGACAGGCAUGGUGGGAGAGCUCAUCAAUAGGAAAGCAGACUUGGCGGUAGCUGGGUUCACCAUCACCUCAGAGAGGGAGAAGGUCAUAGAUUUCUCCAAACCCUUCAUGUCUCUGGGCAUCAGCAUCCUGUACAGAGUCCAUUUGGGACGGAAGCCAGGUUAUUUCUCCUUCCUGGACCCGUUCUCUCCAGCCGUGUGGCUCUUCAUGCUGCUGGCCUACCUGGCUGUCAGCUGUGUGCUCUUCCUAGCCGCCAGGUUGAGUCCCUAUGAGUGGUACAACCCUCACCCGUGUCUGAUGGGGCGCAAGGACAUGCUGGAGAACCAGUACACUCUGGGCAACAGCCUGUGGUUCCCCGUGGGAGGCUUUAUGCAGCAGGGCUCUGAGAUUAUGCCCCGCGCCCUGUCCACACGCUGCGUCUCCGGGGUCUGGUGGGCGUUCACUCUAAUCAUCAUCUCCUCCUACACGGCCAACCUGGCAGCUUUCCUUACAGUUCAGAGGAUGGAGGUGCCUAUCGAGUCUCCCGACGACCUGGCUGACCAGACCAACAUCCAGUAUGGUACCAUCCAAGGAGGCUCCACCAUGACCUUCUUCAUGAACUCGCGCUACCAGACGUACCAGCGCAUGUGGAACUACAUGCACUCCAAGCAGCCCAGUGUAUUUGUGAAGAGCACAGAAGAAGGCAUCGCCCGCGUGGUCAACUCUAAAUACGCCUUCCUGCUGGAGAGCACCAUGAACGAGUACCACCGCCGCCUCAACUGUAACCUCACCCAAAUAGGAGGUCUGCUCGACACCAAGGGCUACGGCAUUGGCAUGCCCCUGGGCUCGCCGUUUAAAGAGGAGAUCACUCUGGGGGUGUUGCAGCUGGCAGAGAACAACAGACUGGAGAUCCUGAAGAGGAGGUGGUGGGAGGGGGGGCAGUGCCCCAAGGAGGAGGACCACCGAGCCAAGGGUCUGGGCAUGGAGAACAUCGGGGGCAUCUUCGUGGUGUUGAUCUGCGGCCUCAUCAUCGCCGUGUUCGUGGCCAUCAUGGAGUUUGUCUGGUCCACCCGCCGCUCGGCAGAGACAGACGAGGUACGCCCUCACUGCUGCCCCGGCCAAAACCACAGACACCCUCCAGUAGGUUACUAUGGCAACACACCUCCCGGUGUGCAGUGCAGUGCAAUGUCAGUGUGUCACGAGAUGCUGACCGAGUUCCGCAACGCCAUCUCCUGUAAGAAGACCUCACGCUCUCGGCGGCGGCGGCCCUUGGCCAGCACUGGCGGUGUCCUGCGCCACCCCACCCGCCUCCAGCUGGGUGUCCCAAGACCCAUCCGCCUAGUCCGCGAGAUGCGUCUCAGCAACGGCAAGCUCUACAGUGGCUCGGGCCCCCUGACAGGCGGAGGGGGAGCAGCAGGGGGGGCGUGCGGGGCCGUAGGAGGGGGGCCCUCAGACAUGGGCCCGGGGCCACAGCGCCUCCUGGAGGACCAUCUGGGCUCCAACACUACGCCGCCCCCUCCCCCGCCCGCUGCUGCCACAGCGCCACCCUCCCGGAGCUGUGCCCACGUGCGGAUCUGCCAGGAGUGCCGGCGCAUCCAGAACCUGAGGUCGGCAUCGUCCUUCUCACGCAUCCCGCCCCACCUCGGCCCACACUCUUCUCUGUCCCUGCCCCGCCUCCCGCCACCCCCACCCCCCUCCUCUACCGACAGCGAUGGGGGUGGCUGCGACACAGUGAGCCCCAGGCGGCCCAAACCUAAGCCCACACCCCCUCCGCGGCCCUUACCGCCGGCCAAGACGCCCACCACAGACCUGCUGCUCGGGAAACAAGACUGAGGAACGGAGGGGUCAGACGUGAUAAUAGUCGAGGGUUAAAAGUCAAAGGUCAGGGUAUUUGCAGAGAAACGCGUAGGAACGAGGAGCGGAGGGGGCUGUAAGCUUGUAGCGUAUUGACACGGCAGAAUCAAACCACUCUGAUCCGUUUGAGGGGGUGGAGAAGGGUUCAUUCUCCAGAUACCAACCCAGUCAACACAGUCCUCUUAAACCAGGAGUCGUGCUAAAACAGGAGACUGGUUCAAAAUGGACUAGAUGGUAUAUUCAGACACUGAGAGACUUCAGGAGGGGCCUUCACAUUGCUCCCUCGCUAGUCUAUGCUCUUCUGCCACAGCUCCCGUGAGACGGGCAUGUUAAACCAACCCAUGGUCUCCACUUUGAUCUGCUAUGCCACAGGCUGUCUAUGGAGUGGAAAUGGACUUUUGACCACACACGACCGUUAGCUGCCUACGGUGCAUUGAGAGACCAUGUGGUGCCCGUUCCACAGUAUGCAUAGACGUGUUCAAGCUGCCUGGUUUGGCUUUUGACCCCUCACUCUUUCACUUGGAUCUGGUGGGAGGACUUGACCUAUCCCACAAGCGCUGGAGAGGUUCAGGGGACCAUAGAGACUUCACACACGGACACACGUACACAGAAACUCUUGCGCUUA